AUGGCAAGAAUAAUAAGCAUAUUCGUUAUUCUGCUUGCACUGCUGAUUGUUAAUCCGUUCCUAACGAAUAGUUUAGAAAUAUUCAUUACUCUGAAGCCGAACAAAGUGAAAUGUAUGAAAGAAAGAAUAAACAAAGACACAUUAGUUGUAUGUAAGUUCAAAACAGACGAUAAGAAUAAUUUAGUUUCUAUAUAUAUAUAUGAUACGGAUGUAAAUGAAAAGAAUAUUAAUUCUCAACAAAAACUUCCUAUCUUUGAGUCAGUUAAUGAGCAUAAUGUGAAAACAGCAUUUUCAACAUUUUAUUCCUCCUCUUACUCAUUUUGUGCAUAUAACAAAACAAAAAAAACAAUAGAUAUAUAUUUCGAAGUGAAACAUGGAACAGACGCAAAAGAUUAUGCACAGAUAGCCAAAACAGAACAUCUUAAUGAAGCUACACUGUUUUUAAAAUUAAUUGUUGACCAUAUGACUGAUUUUCAUGUAAAUUUAAAAAGAAUUAAAAAAGACGAAGAGAAUGAAAAAAAAUCGAGUGAUAAAUUAAACGAUACAUUAAUGUGGUUCUCCUUUAUAAAUAUUUUUAUUAUAAUUAUUGCUGCUGUUAUUCAAGACUUUUAUUUUAAAAGAUUUUUCACCUCCAAAAAAAUUAUUUAA